CUUGAGACACCUCUUGUUCUGGGUGCAUCAGUUGGUGUAAUAUGUUUACCUGAGAAUAAAGAAGAACCUACAGAUAAUGGAUGUCUGACAGCAGGGUGGGGUGUUUUGAAAGGUUCACAGUAUGCUAAGGUACUACAGCAAGCAAGGAUUCCUCUGGUGUCUAAGGAAGAGUGCAUGAAAUUCUGGAAGGAAGAUCUAACCGAGGGAAACGUGUGUGCAGGGGGAGCAGGCGCUUCAUCUUGUUUGGGGGAUUCAGGAGGUCCACUGAUUUGUAAAAUGAAGAACAAGUACAUGCUG